CGAGCGCCCUCAGCUCGCGCGAAAGACCUACGGCGGGUGCGCUGGCUCCGGUGCGAGAAGGGUGAUUUGAGGAGACGCCACCCGGGGUGUGACUCAAGGCCUGCGAUUCUUCGAAUCGCCGCUGGCCACCACCGCUGGCCUGGCAGCGAGCGCCGGGAGCUAGCGGCUGCCAGGACAGGUGCACGGGAGGAUCGGGAAUUUGCGGGCUGACUGACAGGCGCCAUCGACGUCCCUCGCUUCAGCGGUAGCGGCGGCCGGCGUUGGCGACAACGUCCUUCCUUGACUUCGUUGCCGUACGUGUCGUGGCAUUUCCGCGCGCACCCGGAGACUGGGGCGUGUUUCGUUUUUUUUUUCCUGUGAUUGUUUCACGUAAUUGUUUUGCGUGUUUGUGAGCGAUGAUCCGAGCACUUCGCCAUCUACGACUACGCUAAUCAUCGUUCCGCCAAUGAUGACGGAGAAGAACCAGUGCGGGUCCGGCAUGUUUCACGCAGGAAAUUGACAAAGAUGCUUGUUUUCCUUGAAAAGAGCAUUGGUGUGGAACCCAACUUGAGAGACUCAUUUAAGAAAAAACGAAAGUAGGAGGGAAAAGCACGAGAAGACAUAGAGGGAUCGGCGACCUGAUCUUGCGCGCAUGAUGCAUCUCGCUUUCAGUGCGGAUUACGAAGCCGACAGCGACUGAGCAAAGAAUGCGCGACGAGCACUGUUCAGUGCAAAGCUGGGCGUCUCCCGCCGAACAGACGAGCAACGACGAUGGAGAAGUUCUUCAGACAGAGAUUAACAGUGCAGCUUUCUAGAAAUAGGGAUUAGGCGACGGCCACACUUUUUCCCUGAGGAAUGACUUCGCCCGCCUCCCACACACGCGGCCUCGUUAGCUUCAGUGAGAACUCGUGACAUCGUUGUGUUUACCAAGAGUUGGCCGUCGUUUCCUUCAUUCACCUGCACAGGCUGCGGGAUCUUGACAAACGAGAGCCAUCAUAACGCAGACAGAAGAAAUAGGACGGAUUCCUCCGUUUUCAAUGUGGACGCCUUCGCCGUGUGCAUUCAUUGCUUGUUGUGUCUUGGUAGUGUUUAUUCAAGAACAAAUUGUGGUGGCCCAUGUCGGUUACUAUGGUGUGCCUCCGACUGUCCGCGUCGGAGGCCUCUUCGACGCCGCACUAUCGGAAGACGACCAGCGAGCUUUCACGUAUGCCGUGGAACGUGUCAACCUCAACAACGAUGUGCUGCCCAGGACUACAUUGCUUCCUCUAUUGGAAACACUCAAGCCGAGAGACAGUUUUCAUGCAUCGAAAGCCGUGUGCAGCAUGCUCAAGCAAGGCGUGUCCCUGGUGCUCGGUCCUCGCUCUCCCUCCGUGGUGUCGGUACUGGGCUCCACGUGCAGCGCAUUCCACGUCCCCCACGUGCAGACCAGCUGGACUGCACCAGAGGCCGAUCCGGCGUCGGGCCAGCGCCGUUUCUCGGUAAACGUGUAUCCGCACCCGGACGUGCUCAGCCGGGCCUACGUCGACCUGGCGCUCAAGACGAGCCGCUGGAAGAGCGUCACCGUCAUCUACGAAGAAAGCGACAGUUUCGUGCGCAUGAAGGACGUGCUGAACACCUCCUUCGCGCUGGGCGCGAGGGUCAGCCUCGUGCUGUAUCGGCCAGGCGGCGGUGCCGUAAAGACGCUCCUCAAGCGGGUCGACCUGGCCAAGGAGUUCAACAUCGUGCUCGACGUGCCCACCGAGCGAGUGUACGAGUUUCUCGAAGCGGCAUCGGAAAUCGGAAUGAUGACCGAAUAUUACAACUACAUCAUCACUUCCCUGGACACGCACACGCUGGACAUGACGCGUUUCCAGGGAGCGCUGGCCAACGUGUCAGCGCUGCGGCUGGUCGACCUCGACAAGGAGGAGACCAAGAAGCUGCUCCACGACUGGACAAACUCGGAGCUGCGCUUCGGUCACCGGGCUCUGGAGAUGACUGCGCUUAGGACAGAGCUGGCUCUACUGUUCGACGCGGUGUCGCUCUUCGCCCGAGCGCUUCACGACAUGGAACACGUGGAGAACUUCGAGCUCAAGUCGUUCUCCUGCGAGGCGCCUUCCAACUGGACCAACGGGGAGGCUCUCCUGCAGCGCAUGAAAACGGUCCAUGUAAAGGGGCUCACUGGUUACGUACGACUCGAUGAAGAUGGCUUGAGGACCGACUUCACCUUGAACGUUAUUGAGCUGAAGUCAACGGGAUUCGAGAAGGUCGGCACGUGGACACGUCGCACGGGCAUACGCUUCUCGAGGGGUUACGUGCAGCAGAAGCAGGAAGAGAUCGUCGACAUCAUCCAGAACCGAACCUUCCGUGUCUCCACAAUCGUGAAUCCACCGUACACCAUGCUGAAGAAGGAUGCCCACCUGCGCGAGGGCAACGACCGCUUCGAGGGCUUCGCGGUGGACCUGAUGGACGCGCUGGCGCAAAAGAUUGGUUUCCGGUACGAAAUGCACCUGGUCAAGGACAACGCCUACGGCAGCAACGCCUCGGGCGAGUGGAACGGCAUGAUACGCGAGCUCAUUGACAGGGAGGCAGACAUGGCCAUCGUGGACUUGACCAUCACCUACCUGCGGGCACAAAUGGUCGACUUUACGAUGCCCUUCAUGAACACCGGCAUCAGUAUCCUGUUUCGAAAGCCACUUAUGGACAACCCCCCUCUCUUUUCCUUCCUGCUGCCGUUUUCCGUGGAUGUAUGGCUGUACAUGCUCACCGCUUACCUUGCGCUCAGCCUGUGGUACGGGCUGCUCGGCCGGUUCAGCCCGUACGAGAACCGCUUUGCGCUCCGCGGUUACAGCGGCGCUGAUACGCCUCAGUGGGACCCCGAAGAAAUGGAGAAAGAGCUGGACAUCACGAACCGGUUCUGGUUUGCCAUCGGCUCGCUGAUGCAGCAGGGCUCGGACCUUAAUCCCAGGGCUGUGUCGACGCGCAUCAUUGCAAGCAUAUGGUGGUUCUUCACACUCAUCAUGAUCUCUUCAUACACCGCCAACCUGGCCGCUUUUCUGACGGCGCAGCGACUGACGUCACCUAUCGAAAACGCCCACGACCUUGCCAAGCAGACCAGCAUCGACUACGGGUGUCUGUUGUCUGGGUCAACAAAAGCAUUCUUUCAGUCCUCGGACUCACCGCUCAUUAAGCGCAUGUGGGCGGCCAUGGAGGCUGCUCAGCCUAGCGUGUUCGCCGAGACCAACGAGAAAGGUGUGGAACGUGUGCUUCGCGGUGGCUACGCCUACCUGAUGGAGUCCACCACCAUCGAGUACAUGAUGCAGAAGAACUGCCAGCUCACGCAGAUUGGCGGACAGCUGGACUCCAAAGGGUACGGCAUAGCCACGCCCCCGGACGCCAAGAUCCGCAACAUUAUCUCUGCGGCCAUCGUGGAGUUCCACGAAGGGGACCUGCUGUUCAAGCUCAAGCAGAAAUGGUGGAAGACGCGCAACCCGCCUGAUCCGGCUGCGCUCCCCAAGUGCCACCUCUACACUAAUGCUUCUUCCUCUUCGGCGAGCAGCAGCGAGAUGGGCCUUGCCUCCGUGGGCGGCGUCUUCAUUGUCCUGUUGUUUGGCUGUAUAGCGGGCGCACUCCUCUGUGUGGGAGAGUUCAUUUGGGAGCUUCAGAAGACACCAUACGGUGAGAGGGAAUCCAUCCUGAUGGAGAUGUUCCAUGCGUGCAAGUUGGUCGUAACCUGUCGGGGACGCAAGUACAGCCCGACGUCGUGUUCCUCGGCAGGCUCGCUUGACGGAGAGGCGACUCUUCGCUCUGUUGGUCAGUCGUCGACCAGAAGCGGCGGGACGGCUGUGCGCUAGCUUUUAAAGCUUCCCGCCAUUUUUCCUACCUUCAGUCAAUUGUUCUAACCUAUGCGGGAUGGUAGCUGAACGAGACAUUCAUAUCUCAUCUACGUAUUCCUUACAGGAAAUUUUGCUUUCUUAAGAACGACGGAGAAAAUAGGUCAUUAAUUUAGAGAAACUCUUUGGAGAAAUUUUAUAAGAUAUUUCUUAUAUUGCUACCGACGUGCAGGACCAGGACAUUAGUGAAGAAGCGUACUUAUCUAGGUGAAACAAAUAAAAGAAAGUACACUUUCGUACGGUUAUGUUAACUAGUCGCGACGACUUGAGUGACUACAAGAAGCAGCAAGUUGUAGCUUCAAAGGUAAUCGAUAGUUGUGGACGCUGUUUCGAGUUACCUUACUGUAUAUAAGAAAACCAUAUCUGUUCUUGUUUCAAUAAAGUAAAUUUUAU